AUGACACCGUCACAUCAGCGAUGUUUGGUUAUGGAACAGUUGGUGGAAAGUGUCGUGUUGAAAGUUGUUAUCGCUGCACGAGUUAUUGCUCCAAGCAUUGGUGAGUAG